AUGUCCCUCGCAAAGUCCACGCAUGUGUCUUCAACAACAGCAGGCGACCAAGAGAGCGUAAGGAGAAGACCCACGGUGGAGUCCAUUGAGAGGCACGAUCCAGAACAAAAUCGCCGGUUUCUACGGCUGCAGUCCCACACAGAUCGGCUCUGUGUCGGGCCACAGCACCCUGAGUUCACCAUCAACGCCGUCGAGACCCCUUCGCCCGAAGCGUCGUCCAAUCAUUUCUGCCAUUACACCCCCAAGUGUUUCCUAGCCGUGCACAGAGCUUGCGCAGGGGCGCACAACAACUCGGAACGCUCCGCAUCGUUACGCUACGGUGAAGAAGACUGGCAUGAAGGCACCUCCAAAACCACCAUCAGGGCUGAGAACGAGGUGGAGGCGCACAGGGAGGCCAACAACUACAAGUUUGGCUUCCGAAAGUGGAAAGGCAAUGUAACAGAGAAGCCUAUCGAAGACCGGUCAGAUGUGGUCAAAGAACUUUAUUCGGACCUUAGAGUCGUCAAGCCCCAAGGAGGCUCCACGGUGACCUUUGGGAACAUUGGUUAUGUGAUUUUAUUUGGAUGGUGGAUGUCUUUAACCUACGUCGUCAUUUGUCCUGUGAUGUUCCUGACAAUUAUUGGCGCGCCGUAUGGAAAACUAUGUUUAAAGCUGGCUUGGUACUUUAUUUGGCCAUUUGGGAAGUCUGUGGAGAAGGCUGCUGACUUCACCAAAAGAUCCGCAACGAAGCCUCAGAGGUGUGAGGUCAUUCCUGAAGAGAGAGAUACCCAGGACAGCAAGGACAUAGUCAGAGAAAAGGACUCAGGCCCUCUUCUCAUGUCCUCUCCUUUACCUAUUGAGUUGCCUUUGCCAGAGUUGACUGCUAGGACAAGGUCAAAACAUUGGUGUCGCUUGAGUACCUACGUGUGGCUGCUUCUGGGCUAUCCCAUCCUGGCAGUGGUGCACACCUUGGCCUGCGUCAUCUCCUGGCUGCUGGUCUUCACCAUCCCCGUCUCCAAGAUGAACGCUCGAACGCUCGCCGUCAUCUUGCUCAUGCCUCCUGAGGACGUCCACAUACACACGCUGGAAAAGACGCUUAAGUCCGAAGCCAGAGUCAUCCUGUGCUGCUACCGCGCCGUCAACUUCUAUUACUACAAAUACACUGUCCAAGGGAUCAACAUCUUUGCGCUGAAUCUUCUCCCCUUGGUAAUCAUAACAUUGGUUAUUGGCUACACUGACCAGAACCAUAAAUACUUCAGUUCAGAGACCAAGUUUGCCACAGCCAUCACCUCCAUCGUCCCGCUGUCCUACUACAUCGGCAUGGGCAUCGCCAGCAUUUCGGCUCAGAGCAACUUUGCCGUGGGGGCGGUGGUGAACGCCACGUUCGGCUCUAUCACCGAGAUGACCUUCUACAUCACGGCACUCCUGCAGGGCCACCGCGCCGCCUCCAAAUGCUACGAGGAGGUCGUCAAGGCCGCACUCACUGGUACACUGCUGGGCUGCAUCCUCUUUAUACCUGGCAUCUGCAUGAUUAUUGGUGGCAUUAAACACCGGGAACAGCGAUUUAACAGCCGCUCGGCCGGUGUAAGCUCAGCUUUGCUCUUCAUUUCCGUUGGAGGUAUUUUUGCACCCACCCUCUUCUCCAAGACCUUUGGCAGCCUCGUAUGUGAGAGCUGCACCAACGUUCCAGGGAAUGCCAGUGUGCCUUUUGUGUGCAAAGACUGCCACUAUGAUAUGAGCAAAACGGACCCCCAGUUGAUCAUUAUGCAUAUAGAGCCUCUGGUGUACACCAUUUCUGUGCUGCUGCCUGCCGCCUACCUCAUCGGCUUGGUCUUUACUCUGAAAACUCACUCGCACAUCUACGACAUCCACAUCAGUGACGGCCAAGGUGGCCACGCCCACGGUCAGCAUGCUGUUCACGAAGGCGCCGUCCUCCCCCGCCCUGGCGAGGGCGCCGCCGGUCCGCUCCUCGCCGCCAACUCGUGCAUUAAUGCCAGCGUUGUGUCCUCCUGCCACGUUGCCACAGGUCACCAUGUGGUCCACUGGUCUCGAUGGAGGGCGCUCGCCGUGCUCAUUGUGGCCACGGUGCUGAUGGCCUGCUGCGCAGAUCUCAGCACAAACAACAUCGAGCCCAUGCUGACAAACUCCUCAAUCUCCCAGUACUUCAUUGGCGUGACUAUUUUAGCGAUGGUGCCUGAACUCCCCGAGAUUGUCAACGGAAUCCAGUUUGCGCUGCAGAAUAAUAUCAGUUUGAGUCUGGAAGUGGGAAGCUGUAUCGCGGUGCAGGUGUGCAUGAUUCAAAUCCCACUACUCCUCCUCUUCAACGCGUUCUACGAUGUGGGAUUUGUGCUACUGUUCAGUGACAUCCAUCUCUGGGCAAGCAUUUUCAGUGUCAUUCUAGUCAACUACAUCUUCAUGGAUGGCAAAUGUGACUACUUUCAGGGCACUGCCCUGGUGGUGGUCUACCUCAUCCUUUUGGCGCUUUACUUCUUUGCUCCUUCCCCACGUGCUUGUUGA